UUUUUUCUCAUUGAAAACGAGACGGUGACGUCACGCGUAGUAACACAGGAAGCCGAAUUCCGAAUAGCGGUAGAAAAUGGGACUAUUAGAUUUAAUACGAAAACUGAAGUCCAGCCAAGACAAAGAACUGCGAAUACUUUUGCUGGGUUUGGAUAAUGCAGGAAAAACUACACUUUUAAAAAAAUUGGCUUCAGAAGAUGUCAGUCAUAUAACACCAACUCAGGGAUUUAAUAUCAAAUCUGUAGUCUCGUCUGGUUUUAAACUGAAUGUUUGGGACAUAGGAGGUCAAAGAAAGAUUAGACCAUACUGGAGGAAUUACUUUGAAAAUACAGAUGUUCUUAUAUAUGUUAUAGAUAGUGCUGAUCAAAAGAGAUUUGAAGAAACUGGCCUAGAAUUAUCAGAGCUAUUGGAGGAGCCAAAGUUACAGGGAGUUCCUCUGUUAAUUUAUGCCAACAAGCAGGACUUGCUGCAGGCUGCACAGGCCUCAGAGAUAGCCCGGGGACUAUCACUAGACACAAUACGUGACAGAAAGUGGCACAUACAGGCAUGCUCAGCACAGUCUGGGGAAGGAAUCAAGGAGGGAAUCGAUUGGAUGAGUACAGUUGUAGGAAAAAAGAAAUAGGAUAACUAGUGACUUCUUUAUAGAAAUAAAUGACUGACAGAGAUGAAGUUUCCUCCAAUGUAUGGAAUCUGACAAACUGAUUGGAGGCUCUGAUACAUCAACUACUUGCUAUUUACAUACAAAGCUAUUGUAGCUAACAUUAUAUGCAUGUAUUUUCUUUAUUAGCAUUGUCAACUAAUAAUCAAAGAUGGAUCAUCAUGAUUAAUUUCUUAAGAACCUAUGAAAAUAGAAAUUGGUGCAGACUUUCUAUUUUUGUUUCCUACUAUGAAAUGAAAUUUAAAAAAAAAUAUCCCUGGAAAUCCAGACCAGUAACAAAAAUUUCAAAGACCAUUUAAUGCGGUUUAUUAACCAAAGUCAUAUUGUGUCUGUCGCCAUUGUACUUCCAAAAUGAAGGUGGUUGAUGUAUUUUUAACUAGGGAAGCAAUCAGUUUGGUAAUUAAUCAUAAAAUAUUACAGAUCUGCAAGGAAAGAAUUUAUUGUCUGAUCUGACAACACAGCAUUCUUCAUCAAUUUACUUAAAUUAUACAAGUUUUUCAAAUACUUUUAUACCUCUACAUAGAAGUACUUGUAUCAAACAACUUUAUGUCAAAGUUUGAUACGAUUCAAUAUACAUGUAUGUGGUUAAUGAAUUAAAAAGCCAGUGCAUGUAUGGUAGUUUUCCUAAAACAAGCUGAUUUAUAUAAUCAAAUCAAAAUCAUGUGGAUGUACAUGCAAGUUUUCAAAUUCUGUUUCACACAGUCUCCUUACUGAUGUUAUAUGCUCGCAUUUAAAUAAAAUAGUUAACACUGAAGAGUGUGCAUAUUAUGAAAGAAAUAUAUAAUUGUCAUUAAUUUUCACUUUAAAAAAAAUUGUGAAGCACUUGAAUGGUUGUCAUGUCACUAUGAAUUUACAUAUCAUUUUGUGGAUGUAAUCUGUGUACAUUAUACAGAAGAUUGUUAAGUGUUAUACAAGUGUUGUAUUUGUACUGUGUAAUGUGUAAGACGUGUCAUAUUUUCUUCAGAAAGAUCUGUUGAGGUUGUCAAUUUACUUUUGUAAAUUCUUUUUUUUUGCCAUAUACUCGACUAUGAAUUAAUUUCUCUGUUGCAUCGUACCGAUUGUAAUUCUCUAUUUGGAAAAAAUAGAGGUUGAAAUGAAAGAAACUUUUAAAGAUAAUAAAAUUUAGAAAGAAUA